GGGCUUGCUACGCUGACUCCUCUCUACAGCCAUGGCACCAAAGACUGCAAAGAGAAAAGGCCAGCCGCAGGACAUUGAGAUUGUCGCGACGGAGGAUGUGGAGAGCAAGCCCUAUGUGCAGGAAACGGCAGAAACUGAAGACGUGGCGUCUUCUUCAGGCUCCGAAUUGGAGGAUUUGGACAGCAACGACAGUUUCGACGAAGAGAUGAGUUCUGAUGACGGGGAAGAAAAACAAACAUCGACGUUUGCAGACGGAAUUGCAGAGAUUUUGAACGCGCCGGCUGGUGCCGAAAACGAAGAGGAAACUCCUAUUUUGAGUUUGUCAAAAAAGUCACGGAAAGUUUUACAUCAAGACCGAGAAGCUCGGAAGGCCAACAAGCUUCGGCGACUCAGACGUCGGGAACGACUUCGUGAAGAGAAUGUCGGCCGGAUUGCUCGGAUGUCUGAGUACGGCGAGGACAAAAUUCCUGAGGUUCUUCAACGUGAACGCAAUCUUCGUCGAAUUGCACAACGAGGUGUUGUGCAAUUGUUCAAUGCUGUCCGCAGCACCCAAGUCAAGGCGAAACAGACCGCGCAGACCGUUUCUGGAGGUCGUACGGCCCGUGAACAAAAGGUGAAUGAGCUUUCCAAGACCAGCUUCCUCGACCUCAUCAAGUCGUAAGCGGUGCAGGAACUCUUGUUACGAAGAUAAGGCAGCAGCAGCUGAGGCUGACAGUGCAAAAAAAAAACUACAAGUCGUAUAUCUUGACUUGUUCUCAACGGAUUCUGUUAUAGAUUUUUUCUUUUCCACGGGGUUGCAUACGGGUAAUCGAAAAUGGUUUCAAUAUGAGGGAGGGUGAAAACGAAAGUGUAUUAUUAGUUAGGAAAAAGCAUUAGUCACACUUUGUUUUAGAAUGCUGUACUUGUGAGCAUUUU